GCACCUACUCAAAUGUCUUCAGCGCCAUUUUCAAUAUUCGCAAAAGUUGUUUGUAAACAAGCCGCAAGUAUUUGUCCUUAUAAGUCUAUUGAACAUUUUAUUAAGAAAUGUCGAGUACACCUCAAGGGGAGGUUCGGACUCCGGUGAGCCGACUGGCAUCCACAGCCGGACUGUCGUCAGACUACAUCUCCCCCACCACCCGGCGGAGACCCAUCCCCCUGACCAGCCAGUCUUCUAUCCUCUCCAACUUUGCGGAGAAUGAUGACGCUGCAGAGAAGAGGCAACGGAGGCACUCCCGUGUCAUGGAGAUGCAACGUCACCUCCAGAGCCCCGUCUCCUCUCCAUCGGACAGGAGGAGAUCUCUACCCCUUAGUGGUUUAUCAACUGGUCAGCUGACUGAUCAUUAUUCAAACUGUAUCAAGCUCUCUGCAGAAAAUAAAAUCAAUUCCAAGAAUGCUUUUGGGCUUCACCUGAUUGACUACAUGGCAGAGCUUCUUAAAUCGAAGAAAGGAGAGAUGACAAACUUCCAGGUUGCGAGUUGCACCCUUGAUGCCAGCGCUAAGAUCUAUGCAGGCAGAGUGGAUGCUAUUCACGCUGAGACGUACAAGAUGCUGGGAGGACUCGGACAUGACAGGCAGAACAAACAAUCAGAAGGAGACGCAGAAGGAACGGAGGCUAAUGACGGGAAAAAGAAGAAAAGAGCCCGUCAUUCUAACACAGUGGAGACCAACCUGAAGAACAUCAAUGUGACUAAACUGGACCUUGGAUUUGAGCCUGAUCCACUGUUCCAGCGAACCUCGGCAGCUUUCGACGAGGGCGGGUCCUUCGGUCUCCUCCUCAACCACCUCCAAUGCCGAGACGACGGCUGUGAGCUGCUCCUCGAUUCUAAUACGAUCAUCAAUAACGAGGAGGAACCAUCGAAAUCAGAGAAAGGCAUACAGACCAUGGUUGACAUGAGUGAAAUAACAGAAAUAUACAAUGGAGUGAGUUUAGAGAACUUGCAGAUUUGUCCGGAGUUUGCCGAUUUCAAAUUCACAGACUGGAAUGCAGAUGGAGAGGAGGGUGUCACUUCCAUGAUCAGCAAGAUGGCCGCCGACAGCAAACAAGCCUUCGACGUCCAUGCAAUCCCCGAACCCUUGGAAGAAGAGCCCGUAGAUCACAUGGGUAUGGGAGGAGACCAUUUUGAAGGAGGGGGGUUUAGUGAUGAUGAUGACGGAGGGGAGCGGCUAGACCAGCCCUCGAUGUUUCACUCGGAUAAUUCCGAUGCCACCAUCAUGAUAGGUCGUUCAGCGUCAAGUUCUGUGUCCGUCAACACUGGAGGGAAACUCUGCUUACAGCUUUCCCUGGAACCCUCCGAGUAUUCCUACUUCAACCUGGAUGUCCUCAAUACGUGGGCAGGUCCGCAGCACUGGAAACUCAAACCUAAAUCUAAAGAUCCUGCUACAUUCGAGGAAGGCACCAAGAAAGUAGCCUCAAAGAAACCCGCAUUCAGAUUAAAUUACGAUGAAGAUAUGGACUUUGAUAAAUUCUUUGGCGAAAGCAAGGCCUCCACCACACUCUCUCAGGCUACUCUGAAUAAAUAUAAUAAGAGCGAGCUCACUCUUCCUGAUCAAGAUGACGAUUACAAACCAACGAGUCUCCUGAAGAUGUUCCUCAGGCCAAACUUCAUGAUGAAACGUCAGGCUACAAACAGCAGCAAUGAUUCUCUUGAUGAUGGUAUAGAUGGCUACGAUUAUAACAACGAAAAUGACUGCGCCAACUUUUGUCCAGCUGCCGGGGGUGGAGAUGAUGAUGACGACGACAGCACGCAUGCCCCUGGAAGCAUGACCUAUGACCUGAGCUCCAUGGGAGGUUGUGACGUGAGUCAUGGAUCAGCUGGUAGCCAUAGUGGUUUCUUCAAUAACAGUGUCUUUGAUGCCACGAUGCUCCAGGGAGACAAGCUCGUUGCACAACCCCACAAGGUUAACAAGAUUGAUAUACAAUACGCCCGCACAGCUAAGAGGAUGGAUGUUAAAAGGCUUAAGACGCACAUGUGGGGCUUCUUGACGAAGCCAGAGGCAGACAAGGAGAACGUCAGCAAUGAGGCCGAUGCGGACGGUGUUGCUGGAACCCAAUCGUUUUGUGACAUGUAUACUACCCUUCCUGACAGGCUUAGCAAGACAAUGUCGAAGAACCUCAGUAUUCCCAUUGCGUUCGUGUGCCUUCUUCAUCUCUGCAACGAAAAGAGUCUGAGAUUGUCGGUCCAGGCCGAUAGCUUUGAGGAUCUCCUCAUCACUCAAGAUUAAAAGCCAGCCACGUCAGCCUUUCAACAGUAUUUCAGAUCCAAGUCAAAGGAAAUAGACCAGGGAGUGUUUCACAUAAAUUUAAAAGCACCACAAUCAGCAAGAUAUUAUGACUUGACCAUUUAAAAAAAAAAAGACUGGGCUAUUUCAACACCUAAGAAGACUGGGGGGGGGGAGGCUGAAUCCCGGCCGUUGAUCACUUGAUCACGAUGAAAAUUGGCAUGCGCAUUACCCAUGGCAUAAUCUACAAAAUAGUAAAAUCAAAUUCUUCAAGAAAUCUCAUUGCUAAUUAAUUAUGCUGAUUUAUGCAUAACAUCAAAAUUUUGCUCUAAUUAACUAAAUAAGGCCCCCAAAAUACUAUUUUUUUAUUCACAGACUCUUCAAAUGAUUCUGAUCAAUGUAAGUAAAAAAAUUCAAUGUCACAAAUAUUUUCUUGUGAAAUUUUUGUUUUUAAAAUUUCUUAUGUAUUUCUUUGUUUUUUACUAUUUUUUUUAAAUGGAAAUCUUAUGGGACUUUCUUCUGACCGAAAACAAAAUGAAAUUAAUUGAGGUAAAUCCGUAAAAGGAGAGAUAAUAAUACAUUUAUGAAUUUGGGCUAAAAACACUCAAGUAUUUGCAUUGGAUUUGUACACAAAUCCACGCUUUGAGCAAUUUUGGGUCUGCAUGCACUUACGAAAUGUUGUGUGAUUUCGGAAUCGCACUCUCGGGGGUCGCAAAUUUUGUCGCAAAAGCUGUGGGAGACUGGAAAAUAAAAGGUCAGCAAGUGGCGCGGUCAAAAAAUUUGGUGCAGGGGAUUUAUCACGAAAAAUGUGAUCUUUUUGCGUUACAAAUUAAUCUUGAAAAAUGUUGAGGGGGGCUGUUCCCCUCCCCCCCCCCCCCCCCGCUGGAUAGGUUUAAAGCCAUAAAAAGGUAUAAAAACUAAAAAAGGAAUUCAGAGAAACAGAUUAUUGUAAAACUUGAGAUUUUUUGGCUCUUUCUUUAAUGAAUUCAUGAAAAUUAGGGGGGGGGGGGGGGUUGCUAGCAAUAAAUCUUCAGAGUCAUAAAACUUGAAAUUGAAAAUAUAUAUAUAAAGGGGAAGGGGGGGGGGGGGAUUGGAGCGGGAGCUUGAUUUGAUAUGAAUGAAUAUUCUCAAUCUCAAACAGUCUCAAAUUCCGGACUGUAUUUUAAGAAAUAUCUUGUUUAAAAGUACUUCCAAACUUAGGGUAAGGACUUAGUACUUUGUUCUCUAACCAAGAUUUUUACACCCUUAUAAAGUUAAAGUAUAAGUUAAAAAUGAAAAUUAAUAAACAAUCUCGGGUAUUACAUGAUUUGUUGGUAAAUGUAAAUUAUUUCACAUCAGUGAUAUUUCACUUUUGCCAUCUUAGUGACAAAUAACAUUCAUUAAAGCUCAAUGUGAUUUUUUUUUGGUGGGGGGGGGGGCAAAAUACGAAUUUGAGAACUUGGUGUACACCACUGUAUAAUGAAAGUUAUACUUUGUAAAGAUAAGAAUUAUGUUUUUUCAUGAAUUUAGAAUUUUGAUUUUCAGCCUAAUUUUCAUGCUACAUGUGGAUAUGGUAUACAUAGAAUUGUACUGACCUCUGAUUCUGUGAAUGAAAUAUAAUGUAAAUAAUAUAGCAUCAA